AUGGUUGCCAUCGAUCGUGUUGGACACGUUUAUCCAUCAGUUCAUCUUCAAGAGAUGCUUAAUCUUGCUCAAAAAACAGCACCAUUAGCUACACCAACUCAAUAUACUAGUACAACAUUACAUGAUCCCGUUGCUAGUGUGAUGAAUGGUAAUUUUACACAGAAAAUUUCACCAUCACAAUUUGGUCUUGCUAAUAAUCCAUCGUUACAAUUUGCAACGCCAGGUGGCGGUUUCGUUGAAGUAUUUGGUCCAUUGCAAACACCAAACAAUGAUAAAUUCUUUCAUGAUCCUAACCCAGUCAUUAUUCAAAAGAAAUCGAAACCAAUUACAUACGUACAAAAAAUUAAUUUAGCUUAUUAUAAACCACCAGCACCACCAGCUCCCGGCCCAGUCAUUAUUAAAGAAGUCCGUCCACCUCAAGCACCAGCUCCACCACCACUCUAUGUUCGCAUACAGCCACCACCACCCCAACAACAAGCGCCACUAGUGAUUCGUGAAGCUCCACCUCCACGACCAAAACAUAUUCCAACAACUGUAUUAACUAAAGUAUUACCAGCUAUGCCAACACCACCGCCAAACGUACAAGUACGUAAUGCUCCUGAUCAAGCAACACUCGAAAGAACAUUAAACAAUAUGGGUCUUACAUCACAAUACAAUCAAUAA